GUGCAGGGCAUGCGCAGAAGCGCAGAGUGAGGACAAACCAGUAGAAGCUGCGGAAGGUCCAGAGAACUUAAUAUAGCGUUUCUUUAAUUUUACUUUGGUGGCUAUCGUCAACAAUACAUUUAUUUAUCACUGGUCUAGCGUCAGAUAUGGCCCGUGGGCACCAGAAGUUCCAGUCCCAGCAGAAGAAUGCCAAAAAGCAGGCAGACAUCAAGAAGAGUAAAGGCCAUGACCAGAAGGCAGCAGCAAAGGCUGCUUUAGUAUACACCUGCACCGUGUGUCGGACACAGAUGCCCGACCCAAAGACCUUCAAGCAGCACUUUGAAAGCAAACAUCCAAAGGCCCCAAUGCCCCCGGAGCUGGUUGGUGUGGAGGCGUAAUAGAUUGAUCUUUCUUUCAGUAAGACAGUUGUGGUUGAUUCCGGACAGGCUUCUACAUUUUGCAAUGUUUUAGAUAAAAUAUCUUCAGUCCAACUUCAAUUAUUCCCCUAUGCUGCCUAAUUUAGAUACGGUGUAUGCGUGUUUUAUGCAGGUGUGUGACUGGCCCAAGGUCUUAUUUCCAAAUUGGAGUUUUUAUAAAACUAUCCUUAACAUGCCAGAAUUUGGCCGAGGGCCAGUAGUGAAGGUAGACACACUGCAGAUAGCUACCCUCUUUUUGGCCUGUGCCAAAAAUGUAUAUGUUUUUAUCUCUGAUUGUAUGCAAUAUUUCUAUCUGAUCAUUUCAAAAUGUUAUGCUGACAAGACUAGCUUGUCCGUGGGCUCUACCACCAUUACACCACCUCAGGGCUCCUACAGUUUCAGGACAAGCUUUGAACUCAGAAGAAAAUGUGAACUUGGCACUGGCUCAGCUGAACAAAGUCAUAAUACUGACAUGAUAAUUGGAAGUCAUCUGCAUCCAAAGCCAAUGUACUGUGAAACCCAUUAUGGAUUUUGGCUGAAUCUGAUUUGUGAUGUGCCAGUAUUGGGCUCGUAAAUCUAGUUUAUUCAGAAUAGUUUUGGAGUUCAGUGUUCUCAGACACUUAUUCAAAAUCAUUUAACCAUUAAUUUUUAAAAAAAAAAAUUUUUUUUUUUUUUUUUAGUAGAUUCAGAUUUACUUCCAGUUGUUUUUGUUGAUAUGAAGAAUAUAUUAAACACACUGUGCUACAUGGGCGCUGAAAUUGUGUGUUGCAUUGCCUCAGAUCCUCAUGAAAUGUGUCUAGCUCAUGUCCACUGUUAAACUUUCUCAUGUGCAACAGAGUUGUAAAAGUCGACCAGAGAGGGCACUACAAGUCUGCACACAGCAAACCCUUCCAUGACACAAUUUCCUCGACUCAUAUGACUGCAUAAAACAUUUAUAUUAUAUUCACCCUGUUAGACGUGGUCUGUUGACUGAAUUGGGGUGAAGAUAAAGGUUAACACUGGAUGUUUUAAAUGAUAACGCAAUGAUCUUCUCCUCUUCUCCCAGUUUGUCAUUGUAAUAAGUAUGUGGUAUAAUUGUGUGCACCACCUUAGUGUUUGAUGAUGAUUUAGUUCAUCACUUUUGUAUUUUGCAGUGUAACAUGUCUCACACUGUCAUCUCAAAGGCAUAUGUGAAAACAAUCCCAAGUACAGUCUCACACUAUUUUGUGUUAUCCCAUCACGAUGGUGCAAAAGUAUUUCAACUCUUGCCCUGCAUUAAAAGUCCACGUUACACUGUAAGUUAGCUUUGGUUCCGAAUUUUAUAUUAGUUUAUUUUUCCUAGCAUGCUAACAGAGAUUUAAUUUAUAGAAAGGAACUAUUUUCAAAACAUUUAGACCUACUGUUCAUUAACCACUGACAUUGUAUCACUGUGCUAAAGUCUGGACUGACUACCAGGCAUGUUUUUACUUUUGUAAUAAUCAUAUCUUUGUCCACACAAUGUUAUGUAUCCCCUUUUAAUAAAGGUGUUACUUUUAUAUGAA